UCUUUCCUUUUUAAGUUUAAGAGUUGCGAUCUGCGUUAUGUUUCAGUAAUAACUUGCGUAAAUAACGUAGUGCAGGAUUCAUAGUAUGUACGGUUGUAACGUGACCAGUUAUUCACUGUUGCUUCAGCACGGCAGACCCGCCGCGCGCUCUCACUCAGGUGCAGUGUUUAUGUGCAAGAGAAAGUGCGUGAUGAAAAACUACCUCAAAUACACUAACAUGUGUGUUAGGUCACAUCUUGUGCAAUAAAUCAUCAAAUAAAUAUGAUGACUCCGACUCCUUGACAAGAGUUCUGCAGCGGUCAAUAAAUAUUAACCAGCAUUCAGUGGGGCAAUCCCCAACAUUGGUCCUUCGAGCCGGAUCUAUUGACUACUGCAGUGAUGUCAUUGAAAGAGCAAGCCACUUCUCUCCCUCAAACUGAGACGUCAGACAGACCCUCACGGCAUCGUCGCACACCCAGGCAUCUGGAAGAGUAUCAUGUUGACUAUGGCCAUCACCGACCUGCUCUCUCCUCCCCACCCACAGAAGAGGUGCAAGUGGAGCAGAGAGGAGCAGCAGCCGCAGUGGGCCUAGCUAGUCAGUCACGAACAGUCUCCAGACAAGGUGAGCACCCAGACACAAGCUCCAUGGAUUUGUUGAGCAUGAGUUCAUUGAGGAAAAUGUUGAAGACUAUUUCUGACAAAGAGAAGGAUGAGGCUGCUGAUAUGGCUGCACUUCACAGUAAACUUCAACAAUAUGAAAAACGACAGCGUCGGCGUAAAGAGCUGAUGGAACAUAUCACGUCGUUCUUGAGGGAAGAAGAGGAUGAGGAGGAUGAUCAAAGUGAAAAGCAUACAACACCACCAGUACGAUCCCCUUCAGUAACUUCUCCACGUUUGCCUCCCUCAAGUCAUACUACUCCAUCACAGUCACCUGACAUUGAGCUACCUACCCAAGGAUGUGUGAGUGACAUGCAAAAUAAUGCAAGUAAAUCUCCUACGGAGGCUGAGGAUUUUAACUCUGGAUUUGUUCCAAUAUGUCCAGUCAGUUCAAUCCCCUUGUAUUCACCAGUAUCUUCUGGAACUAUACCUACUGUUUCACACCAACAACAACCUGCUACAAGAGCAGAGACUGUGCCACCACUGUUUACGAAGCAGUCCCCCAUUUAUGAUGCUGGAAAGGCUUUUCAACCUCAAGUGCAGCCACCUUUAAUGGCACCUAAGCCAGUCUACCAGCACCUUAAUGCAGUUUAUGGCCAUUUGACAGGGUCACCUUCACAACAGCAGUUUACUGCUCUGCCUACAGCAAGUUUUGCGACUCCUCAUUAUACUCUUAUGACUCCAGCAGCAUCAGUCUCUCAAACCCAGCCUAGAGUUCCAGUUAUGACACUAAAUCCUCCUGCCUUUGAUACCCCCUCUCUGCAGCCAUUUAAUAAAGCACUGAAUCCAACUGAAUACUUUGUGCCUCAACGCCCUUUGCAUGCUGCCCCACAACCAAAGAUUCCUGAUUUUGUGAAUGACAAUGAAAGGGAAUUUGCUAACCUGAAGUUAGCACUGGACAACCUUCUUGAACCACAUGCAGAGCUAGAUGAGAAAUACAAGUACCAUAUUUUGCUGGAGCACCUCAAAUUGCCUGAAGCACAGAUGAUUGGCCAGUCUUGUCGCCAUCAUUUGUACCCAUAUUCAGCAGCUAUGCAAGCCCUUCAGUUGCAAUAUGGUCAACCACACCAACUGGCUCAGAGCGAAAUAGCAGCAAUCCUCACAGCCCCAGAGGUCAAACCAAAUGAUGCUCACAGCUUCCAGAGUUUCGCUCUUCGUGUACACCUCUUAGUGAGUAUGCUUUUGUCGUUGGAGGGUACCAGAGGGAUGGAGUUGAACUGUUGUUCACAUGUAGAUCGUUUACUCAGUAAGCUGCCCAAGUACUUAAGAGAUGGCUUCAUAGAGUUUCUCCAGCUGAGAGGGAAGCUAAACUCCCCAAGUAUUAACCCGUACAACCUACAAGACUUUGCUGGAUGGCUCCAAGUCAAGGCUCAGCAACAGCGACUUUCCAGUAGGUUAGUGCAACGUUACCAGUAUGAAAGAGCACCCAGUAGUUCAAAGGAGAAGAAUGCAGCUAAACCGAAAAGCCAAAGUACAACCUUGUAUCAUGGUGUAUCACCCACAGAGACUAAACCAUCCUCCAGUCCUAAGGUGUCUUGGAAAAGAACAUCACCCAAAGUUAUCUGCCUAUUCUGUGGCAGCAAAGAUCACUACAUCACUCGAUGCAGUAGUAUCAGAGAGCAGCCUGUUGCUGAACUUUGCAAGUGGAUUUCGGAGGAAAAGCGCUGCUGGAAAUGUGCUCGUUCCCAUGUCCCCGAGGCCUGUAAUCUAAAGAAACCCUGCAGUGACUGUGGUGGUAUUCACCUUCAAGUGCUUCAUGGUGUGGCCCAAAGUUAUACAACUAACACAGCAUCAGCUAACUCUGAGAGCCGUAUCUACCUCUUACCAUCCAUUGCAUCAGGCAGAGUCCUUCUGAAGGUGGUACCAGUGCUGCUACAUCACAGAUCAAAGACAUUUGAGACUUAUGCUAUACUGGAUGAUGGAGCACAGCGCACCAUGAUCCUGCCCACUGCUGUCCAGCAACUGCAGCUGAAAGGCGAACCUGAGACUCUAGCCCUUCGUACCGUCCGACCAGACACUACUCACCUCAGUGGCACAAAAGUCACCUUUGAAAUCUCUCCGAGAAAUAACCCAGAGAAACGUUAUCAGGUGUUAGGAGCAUUUACAGCUUCUGGUCUUGAUCUGGUAGAACAAACAUACCCAGUUCAGGCUCUUCGGAGACGGUAUGCACAUCUAAGGGGAGUUCCACUACAGCCAUUUCACAAAGUGCAUCCGCUUGUACUCAUUGGUUCGGACCAAGUUCAUCUCAUUACAGCCAAAGAGCCAAUUCGUCAAGGCACCAAAGGGGGUCCAGUAGCAGUCCAUACAGCUCUUGGGUGGGCUCUCCAAGGAGCAGUAAUGGGUACCACAGACCAGGCACCAGUGCAGCAAUGUUUCUUUAUCUCCACAGCUCACACAGAUGAUCUUCUCUACAGAAAUGUGGAAAGGUUAUGGCAAUUGGACGUAUUGCCCUUUCGCAAUGAGAAGCUGGUGGUCCGGUCCAGACAAGAUAACGAGGCUAUGCAGCUGCUUGAGUCUCAAACGCAGCAAGUCAGUGUACAGGGUGUACAACGUUAUGCCACCCCACUUCUGUGGAAGACAGGUGCCCUUAAGCUCAAGGGAUCUAUGCAAUCUGUUCUUGCAAACCUAAGAAGUACUGAAAGGAGACUCCAGAAAGACCAUGUGAAGGCCUCAAUCUACUCAGGAGAGAUUGCUAAACUCAUUGAAGCAGAUUAUGUAGCCAAACUGAACCAAAGGGAAGCAGCCCAGGCAGAAGAAUCAUGGUACCUGCCCCACCAUCUGGUGAGCCAUAACAAUAAACCACGACUGGUUUUUAACUGUUCAUUCAAACACCAGGGUCUUUCUCUUAACAAUCAACUCCUGCCUGGCCCUGCUCUUGGACCAUCACUGUUGGGCGUCCUUCUGAGAUUCAGAGAGCAUCAUGUGGCUGUAAGUGCAGAUAUUAAGGGCAUGUUCCAUCAGGUUCGUCUCCUACCAAAGGACAGACCCUUUCUCCGUUUCAUUUGGAGAGACCUGCAGAGCGAGAACCCUCCAGAUGUAUAUGAAUGGCAGGUCCUACCAUUUGGUACAACAAGCAGUCCAUGCUGUGCCAUCUUCGCUCUGCAACAUCAUGCUCAUAAUUCUGAAGCCGAAUAUCCAGGGUUACAAGAAAUAGUACACCAGAGCUUCUAUGUGGACAAUUGUCUCACAAGCUUUCGUACUGUUGCUGCAGCCAAACAAAAAGUGGAUCAACUACGCAGCAUGUUAGCAAAAGGAGGAUUCGACCUCAGACAGUGGGCUAGUAGUCACCCAGCCGUGAUUGCUCAUCUUCCUACUGAAGCCCGCUCCUCCGCUACAGAGCAGUGGUUGGUCCAAACCCAUGUUGAACCAAUGGAGCCUACAUUGGGGCUUCGUUGGAACUGCGCAACUGAUAGCCUUGGCUAUCAUUACCGGCCUAUUGAGCAUGCAGCCCUGACAAUGAGAACAGCCUACCAGGUGCUGGCAUCUCAGUAUGAUCCAUUGGGGUUUAUAUUACCAUUUACCACAAGGGCUAAGGUAAUCAUCCAACAGUUGUGGACAAAAAAGAGAGACUGGGAUGAUCCAAAUCUACCGCCAACCCUUAAGGCGGCCUGGAUAAUUUGGGAGAGUGAGCUACAACAUCUCAGGACAGUAUCCAUUCCUCGCUGUUACCUAACGGUCUUCACAACUCCAGCAGAACAGAACAUUUCCCUCCAUGUAUUCUGCGAUGCCUCUGAAAAAGCAUAUGGGGCAGUGGCAUAUUUUGCAAUUCAAUCCGACAGUGUCAUUCACGUUUCCUUCAUAAUGGCCAGAUCGAGGGUUGCUCCAAAGAGGCAGCAGUCAAUGCCUCGUCUGGAGCUUUGUGCUGCCUUAGCUGGAGCACAGCUAGCCAAACUGGUGAGGAAUGAGACCACUCUCUCCAUCAGCCAGACAAUCCUAUGGACAGACUCCUUGACUGUGCUGGAAUGGAUUCAAUCAGACUCCUGUCGAUAUAAAGUGUUCGUCGGAACUCGAGUCUCCGAGAUACAGGAGCUAACUGAUCACAGAUCAUGGAGGUACGUGAAUACACAGGACAACCCCGCUGACGACAUAACACGAGGGAAAUCACUCCAAAGUCUGGCUGAGCCUAGUCGCUGGAGUCAAGGACCUCCAUUCUUGAAACAAAACGAAGAACACUGGCCUAAAAAACCUGAACUCACCCAGUCAGAGGGAGUAUCCGAAUUCCAAGGACUUCCAAGCUACUGCCUAAUAGCAUUUGACAUUGUCUCCAACCUCCCUGAUUCUACCCAGUUCAAAUCAUGGUGUGAAUUAGUAGAAGCAACUCGACGGGCCUGUCAUGGGGCGGCCACAUCGGAUUGUGCUUCCAGUGAGCCUAUAACAAGCAAAGAGGCAGAAGCUGUCCUGAUAAGAGCAUGCCAACUCCAGAGCUUUCCUGAAGAAGUUGCUGCCCUCAAGGCAAAGAAACCAGUUCCUGCACACAGCCGAUUAGUCAGUCUUGCUCCAGAAUGGGAUCCACUGAAAAACAUGAUAAGAGUUGGAGGCAGAUUAAGAAGGUUAGCAAACUCAGACCCAGAACAAAUCCACCCUAUUGUGCUGGACUCCAGACACACAAUAACGAAGCUCCUUAUCAAAGAAUUUGAUGAGCGUCUGUUACAUCCAGGAGCAGAAAGAGUCUACGCUGAAAUAAGGAGACAGUACUGGAUUCUUAGAGGGCGUCAGGCCAUAAAGUACCAUCAGCUACACUGUCUGUCCUGUCAGCGAUGGAGAGCUCAGCCAAAGGUCCCACAGAUGGCAGAUUUGCCACCAGAACGCCUCCGAUUGCUCUGUCCACCUUUCCACUCAACUGGUGUUGACUGCUUUGGCCCAUACCUGGUCAAAAUCGGGAGAAGAAAUGAGAAACGCUGGGGACUAAUCUUCAAAUGUCUUACAACUAAGGCAGUACACAUUGAGCUCCUCAAUUCAAUGGAUGUAGAUGCCUUCCUUCUUGCGCUCCGCCGGUUCAUAGCCAGAAGAGGUAAACCACACGAGAUCCGUUCGGAUUGUGGCACCAAUUUCCGGGGAGCUGACAGAGAAUUACGGGAAGCUUUCUCAAUUAUGGAGCCAGAACUCAAAGUUCAGCUUUCAGACUAUCAAAUUAGCUUCAUGUUCAAUCCACCUAGUGCUCCACACUUUGGCGGAAUAUGGGAGCGUGAAGUCCGUUCCAUAAAGAAUGCUCUCCAGGUGGCUCUCGGAACGCAAGCUGUCACAGAAGAUGUUCUGUCCACAGUCCUAGUGGAAGUAGAAGGGAUCCUCAAUUCGAAACCAUUAGGAUAUGCCUCAUCAGAUGUUGCUGACAUGGAUCCGAUUACUCCUAAUAUUCUCCUUAUGGGGCGGCGGGAUGCAUCGCUGCCUCAGGUGGCAUACGCUCCAGGAGACAUGGGGCGGCGGCGAUGGCGGCACUGUCAGAACAUGGUGGACCAGUUCUGGAUUCACUUCACUAGAAACUACUUGCCUACGCUCCAGACCCGACAGAAGUGGCAUAAGGCUUCAAAGAACCUGGAAGUUGACUCUGUCGUACUGAUUGUGGAUCCGCAGCUCCCAAGAGCUCAGUGGCCCAUAGGCAGAGUUCGAAAGACAUUGCCCAGUAGUGAUGGAUGUGUGCGGACUGCUGAAAUCGUCGUUAAUGGUAAAGUUUACACCAGACCAGUUGCCCGCCUGAUAGAGUUACCUGCUUUAGAAGGUAAUACCAAAGACAUUUAGAGAAUUCCCUUUAUUACCCAUUUGCUGCUCAAAUGUGGGGGCGGCUGUUGUGAAUUCUUUCCUUUUUAAGUUUAAGAGUUGCGAUCUGCGUUAUGUUUCAGUAAUAACUUGCGUAAAUAACGUAGUGCAGGAUUCAUAGUAUGUACGGUUGUAACGUGACCAGUUAUUCACUGUUGCUUCAGCACGGCAGACCCGCCGCGCGCUCUCACUCAGGUGCAGUGUUUAUGUGCAAGAGAAAGUGCGUGAUGAAAAACUACCUCAAAUACACUAACAUGUGUGUUAGGUCACAUCUUGUGCAAUAAAUCAUCAAAUAAA